GCCGUGUGGUAUUCUGCAAUUUGUUCGCUGGGUACUUUGCUGGUCCUGGUGAGGAGAGAAAAAAAAGGAGUUUUCAGACUGUUAUAUCUACAAAUUAACUUCAUAUCCAUUGGAUUAGUGAAAGAAGGAAAAUCGGAAGGCCUCGGGGAAACUACAUCUCUAACUAUAGGAGAAAACCAACGAGCGACUGUACUCAGAUAAUAGAACGAGAUUCUUCACUGACCAUGGAGAAAAUAUUUGUUUACUCUGCCGUCUUCAUGAUUGUAGACCUAUUGACUAAAACUCAAGGAAAUGGCUGCAGAUCACUGACUUUUCUUGAUUGCAUGAAGAACAAGACUUUUACCAACCAUACCAUAGAGUCAUUUCAAGUCCUUUCGCCUGGUCUAGAACUAUGCCAGCACUAUUGCUUUCUAAACGAAUUAUGCGUAUCGUACAACAUGGGACCAGAAGAGGGAAAAGAAAGGAUAUGUGAAUUAAGUGACAAUGAUCACGUAGCAUAUCCCGGUCACUUGAUAACCAAGGUGGGAUAUGAGUACUGCCCUAUUAAGAAUCUUUGCUCGUCCAAYCCCUGUCGAUUGGGAUCAACCUGUCGGCCAGACUUUGACAUGGAUUCUUACAAUUGUACAGAAUCUUUAAAAAUCGAUCGUAGAAAAGACAAGACUGUUUCAAGGAAAGAUAUUGAGGUUUUGAACGGUACAGAUAAGUAA